AAAACCCCCACAUCAUCAUCGCAUGGGGAUGGUGAGGGGACGGGGAGGGGACGUAGGAGCUUUUUGGAGGUGUACUCGGUAGCUGCCUUACCUUUUAUAGCCGUCAUUGCCAUUCUGGACCCCAAAGAGACGGAGACAGACAACAGAAACAGGAAAAGAGAGCGUAUAUAAUCUUUCGCACACUCCCUCUGCUCCGGUAUCGUGGCUGUUUCCCAAUUUUACCAUCCUUUCAAGCCUCAAAUCCCUUCGCCAGUCACCACACACUCACAGCUCGCCAUGUCGCCUUCUGCGGUUGAUGACGCUCCCAAGACCAAAGGGGCAGCCAUCUCAGUCAAGCCCAACAUUGGCGUCUUCACAAAUCCCAAGCAUGACCUCUGGAUUAGCGAAGCUGAACCCAGCGCCGAUGCCGUCAAAUCGGGCGCCGAUCUGAAGCCUGGCGAGGUGACUAUCGCUGUCCGCAGCACUGGUAUCUGCGGCUCAGACGUUCAUUUCUGGCAUGCCGGGUGCAUUGGGCCCAUGAUCGUCGAGGGCGACCACAUCCUCGGCCACGAAUCUGCCGGUGAGGUCAUCGCCGUCCACCCGACUGUCACUGGCCUCCAAGUCGGCGAUCGGGUUGCCAUCGAGCCCAACAUCAUCUGCAACGCAUGCGAACCCUGCCUGACAGGUCGCUACAACGGUUGCGAAAAGGUUGAGUUCCUGUCGACACCGCCAGUGCCAGGACUGUUGCGACGCUAUGUCAACCACCCGGCCGUUUGGUGCCACAAGAUUGGCAACAUGUCGUGGGAGAACGGCGCGCUACUGGAGCCCCUGAGCGUGGCUCUGGCCGGCAUGCAGAGGGCCAAGGUCCAGCUCGGUGACCCCGUGUUGGUCUGCGGCGCUGGUCCGAUCGGACUGGUUUCGAUGCUGUGCGCUGCCGCCGCUGGUGCGUGUCCCCUCGUCAUCACGGACAUCUCAGAGAGCCGCCUGGCGUUUGCAAAGGAGAUCUGCCCCCGCGUCACCACGCACCGCAUUGAGAUUGGCAAGUCGGCCGAGGAAACGGCCAAGGGCAUUGUCAGCUCUUUUGGAGGCAUCGAGCCGGCCGUGACACUGGAGUGCACCGGCGUCGAGAGCAGCAUUGCGGCGGCCAUCUGGGCCAGCAAGUUCGGAGGCAAGGUCUUUGUAAUUGGCGUGGGCAAGAAUGAGAUCAACAUCCCCUUCAUGAGGGCGAGCGUACGAGAGGUCGACAUCCAGCUGCAGUACCGCUACAGCAAUACCUGGCCUCGUGCCAUCCGCCUGAUUGAGAACGGCGUCAUCGAUCUGUCCAAGUUCGUGACGCAUCGCUUCCCGCUGGAGGAGGCCGUCAAGGCAUUUGAGACGUCAGCAGACCCCAAGAGCGGCGCCAUCAAGGUCAUGAUCCAGAGUCUGGAUUGAGAGCGAGCUGCCAGUAGAUGAUAGAACGUUGAAGAGGGAAAGACUGCGGGCGCAAGGAUUGGG